AGCCUAGAUUCCGCUCUCUUUCCUUUCAUGGACAGGAGAGAGAGCAACAGUGAAAAUGGAAUAAAAAAUUAGGAACAAUGCUCUGUUUAUAACAGUGAAAAUGGAAUAAAAAUUUUUAGAAAUGACGCUCGCUCGCUCGCUCUCUCUCUCUCUCUCCGUACGCUCAAUAUUUCAUAUUUCCAUUCGUGCUAAUCAGAGUUACUUAUUACUUUGUGUCUCUAAAUUGACUCAUUGACCUCCAUAAAUCCUUUUUCAACCUCCUCAUCUCUUUCUCUCAUCCAUUAUAGCGUCCGGGUUUAUUGAGAAACAGACGUUGUAGCUCUGUUCUCAAAUUUUCCUGCCUGGGUUUCACAAGUUUUGCUCAAACAAUGGGUGUGGGGGGUAGAGUUGAUGAACCCAAUGACCAGUUCCCUGUGGGUAUGCGAGUUCUCGCCGUUGACGAUGAUACCACUUGCCUCAUGCUCUUGGAUGCUCUGCUUCGUCGAUGCCAAUACCAUGUUACAACGACAAGUCAGGCAAUCAUGGCUCUGAAGUUGUUGAGGGAAAAUAAAAACAAGUUUGACUUGGUUAUCAGUGACGUCCAUAUGCCAGAUAUGGAUGGUUUUAAGCUGCUUGAGCUCGUGGGGCUUGAGAUGGACCUACCUGUCAUAAUGUUGUCAGCAAAUGGCGAUACCAAGCUUGUGAUGAAGGGGAUUACUCAUGGGGCUUGUGAUUAUUUGCUGAAGCCUGUUCGAAUUGAAGAGCUAAAGAACAUUUGGCAACAUGUAGUCAGGAGAAGGAAGUUUGAUUCAAGGGACCAGAAUAAUUCUGAAGUUCACAACAAACCUUAUAAUGCAACUGGUGAAGCAGUACCAGGUUCCACAUGCACGGAAAAUUCUGACAGUAAGUUCAAUAAAAGGCGCAAAGACCUGAAUGAAGAUGAGAAUGAGGAACGCGAUGAAAAUGAACACGAUAAUGAGGAUCCAUCAAUGCAGAAGAAGCCUCGGGUUGUUUGGUCUGUGGAGCUGCAUCGUAAAUUUGUUGCGGCUGUUAAUCAACUGGGCAUUGACAAGGCUGUUCCUAAAAAGAUUCUAGAUUUAAUGAAUGUUGAGAAGCUUACUAGAGAAAAUGUGGCAAGCCAUCUCCAGAAAUACAGGCUUUACCUGAAAAGGAUCAGCUGUGUGGCAAGCCAGCAAGCUAAUAUGGUUGCAGCUUUGGGCAGUGCGGACUCUCCCUAUUUUCGCAUGGGCUCUAUAAAUGGAUUUGGAAAUUUCAAUACCUUGGGUGGAUCGACACAGUUUCAGAGAACCCUUGGAUCUUUCCCACCUAGUGGGAUGCUAGGUAGAUUAAACACCCCUACUGGUAGCAUAUCUGGCCAGUAUUCUGGAGGAAUGGUUCAAUUGGGUCAUACACAAAAUGCAAGUAACCCCAUUAAUGAUUGGCACAAGUUCCAGCCAGUUCUGUUGUCUGGAAACCAAAAUGGAAGUGCGCUUCAAGGGAUACCAAGGUCCCUGGAGCUUGACCGAUUACAGCACGGUAAGGGUGUUCCUUGCAUUGGAGAUCUCUUCGAUGUAAUUGAUGAUUCCAUGGUUUUGCCCAUUUCCAGUGGCUUUUCAAGCACAAAAAUGACCAUUGGUAGCUCAAGAAACUCUCCUGUUGGUGCCUCAAACAAGUCAAUAGCAGCAGAAGAACAUCCUCCACGGACCCAAAGUGGGGAACUUUUGGGAAACCAAUCUUCUGUUUCAAUAGCCUCCUUAAAUUCAGAAUUUUCAUCUCAUUUGGCAGAUAAUGAUAGAUGUCAUGACAACUGGCAGAGUGCUGCUGUUCAGUCAUGUGGCUUCCAAUCAAAUACUUUUUCAAUGGAUGACUGUUUUAAACAGGCUAAUCUGCAUCCAAGUAGCUUGAGAGAAAAUGUUUCUUCCAUGAUUCCUAUUGAGACUUAUCCUUCUGAUUUUCUUUGUAUCACCUCUGGGCCUCCUCGAUUCCAAGAUUCGAGAACAAAUUUACAAUGCCAGGAAGCCCAGGUCAGCACCAAUGCUGGGGAAAAUCUGAAAUAUACUCUAAAUCAAGAGUGGGGUAGCCAAAAACAGGAUGACUCCCAUAAUUCGAAUCUUAUAUUUAACUCGAUACCGUCAUCAAGCCGUGCUCCUGGUGUUGCGGAUCCGUUGGGCCAGCAUUUGAACACCAAAAAUGCAAUAUUCCAUAGAAAUAUGGAUUCUAAUUUAGUUACACAAACAAAUUCUGUUGAUCUAUUGACCAUGCAACACGAGGUUGAGAAUUCAGCUACAGAGGCAACAUUGAAGUCGAAGCAAGGGUUCUCAAUGGCGCAAAGGAAGCAGCAAAAUAGUUACCCUUCUAAUAAUUUUGGAUCUUUGGAAGAUCUAGUGGGUGUGAUGAUGAAACAAGGACAAGAUAAGGAGAACUUGAUGGAGGGGGAUUUUGGCUGCGAUGCUUAUUCCAUUAGGACAUGCAUAUGAUAACUGGAUAACUGUUAGUUAUGGUCACAACAAACAAAUGUUUAGUCUUUUAUCUCUUAGAAUGUGAGGCAUGCCCGCAUUGAUGGGCUGUCAUGUAACUUAUACUACAAAUUUUCUUUUGUAGCAACUUGCAACUGUCAAUUUCUGGUUUCUAAUUCUGUACUGUCCUUCCCUUUAAGAUAGCAUUGCCAUGAUGUUCCCCCUUUCCCUCCCAAGAACCAGCUAGUUUUGCACUGAAAAUACAUCUGUUGUCCAUGGGCCCGACAUUGAAUUAUUGAUCGAUGAUGCUUGCUGGUUCCA